CAGAUAUCAGUGACGUGCUGUCUAUUAGCUGCCGCCCUCGCCUCCCCCCAGGGGAGGCGCUACCUACCUGCCGCCGGUGGCUACGGAGGCCGCAACGCCAACUCCAUCGUACAGGCCAGCGCGCUACCCAGGAGGUUUUCUGUCUCCAAGCCUGCAUCUAGCCAGUAUGGCGGCUCUGGGGGCCAGAGUCAGUAUGGAGGCGGACAAUCUAAGUAUGGGAGUGGCCAAUCUCAGUAUGGGGGUGGCCAGUCUCAGUAUGGGGGUGGCCAGUCUCAGUAUGGUGGUGGCCAGUCUCAGUAUGGGGGUGGCCAGUCGCAAUACGGAGGUGGUAACAAGUAUGGAGGCGGAAACCAAUAUGGGGGAGGUGCAUCACAGUAUGGAUCUCAGGACGCUUACGCCGAACCGGCGAACUACGAUUUCUCCUACGAGGUGAACGCUCCGGAGUACAACGUGCAGUUCGGCCACCAGGAGUCACGUCAGGACAUGUUGGCCAGAGGAUCGUACCGGGUAUUGCUCCCUGACGGAAGGACCCAGGUGGUGGAGUACGAGGCGGAUCAGGAGGGUUAUAGGCCGACAGUCACCUACCAGGAGGCUGCAGGAGGCAGGGGAGGGUACGGCCAAGGAGGUUACGGAGGUGGUACCAGUGGAGCAAACGGCCAAGGAGGUUACGGAGGUGGUGGCAACAGAGGAAACGGCCAAGGAGGUUACGGAGGUGGUGCCAACGGAGGAAACGGAUACGGACAAAGUAAUGGCGGGUACGGCUCCAAAGGUAACGCUGGCAAGGCGUCUUACGGCCAGAAGAACGCAUACGGCAGUGCUGUAGUAACAGGAGGUUAUAAGGUUUCUGAGCAGAAUCAAGGUUAUAACAAAUAUUAGGUGAUGGGUAAGCAUCAGACAUACACAAGUUACCACGGGCAUGUAGUGUCCGCACAUUUGUUACGCUUAUCAUUAACCGACUGUAGGCUAAACAGUUACAGUCGUCAUAUGACAUGGGCUUAGCACAGGCCAGUAUCUAAUCAUAUUAUACAUUUCAUCUGUCAUACAUCAGUUAUUUAAACACUGUAUAUAUUAAUUUAUUAGUUUUAAGAUUUUGUACUAAUUUGCUCAAAUAUAUCGUUUUUUAAUUAA